GGUAAACUGUUUUUUUUUUUCUCUUAAAAAAAAAGAUAAUUUAAUAUACCUUUAAAUCUUGAAUGAGCCCUUAGAGAUGUUAGUUCCGCAACCAUGGUAACGGCGAAUUGCGUCGACCUGCCAUUAAAACACAGGACUCCCAGCUUACUUCCGGGAUCGGCUAUAUUUAGGGCGACUAAAAGUGAACAGCUACAGCCACGAACUUUCUAAUCAGCUGUCUGACUUUUCACAUUGAAGAAGUUGGCCUAUACACAGCGUUUGCUGUCGGCUCUGACAACCAUCUGCCAGCUGGGGGAAGCUGUCACGGAUGUCUGACAAGAACGAAGGAGAUUCUUUGAACACCAAUAAUGGGGAAGGACCUCUGAAAGGCUCCUACAUUUUCCCAAACGGGGACAGAUACGAGGGAGAGUGCAGCAGAUCUGCAUGUGGAGCAACGGUGAGGAGCGGUGUUGGUAAACACACCUCAGCAAGCGGCAUCAUAUAUACUGGAGAGUGGCAUGAGGACAAAAUGCAUGGCAGAGGGACCCUGCAGCAUCCCUCUGGAGCACAAUACAAAGGAGAAUUCAAAGACAACAUGUACCACGGCACAGGAACAUACACCUUCCCAGAUGGAUCUGUGUAUAAAGGUCACUUUCACAAUAACAGGUUGGAGGGAGAUGGGUCCUUCAUCAGUGCGGACGGACUGGUUUGGACGGGGGAGUUCCACAGCAAAGCAGCGCUUGCACUCAAACUGCAACACAAACUUUAGGCAAAGCAAAUAAAAUGCAUUUACUACUGCGGAUAUCAAAACCCCCACUUUUUUCUGUAUUUUGUGCAUGUGAAAACAAUCUUUUAGUCACUCAAGUUUCUUAAAGGCAAGUUCACAUAAAUUCUUUA